AUGGCUGUGGUAGUCCCCAAACCAGUUGUCCUUCUGUUGGGAGCUGGGUCUAAUAUUGGUGACGCUGUCGUCAGGUACUUCUCAGCAAACAAAUUCCGUGUCGCAGCAGUGUCGAGAAGCAUGGAAGAGGGCGUCGAUUCUGGAGGCGUCCUGAACAUUACUGCCGACCUCGGCAAUCCGGACGCAGUCCCAACCAUCUUCACCAAAGUCGAGGCCCACUGGGACGUACCGACCGUCGUCAUCUACAAUGCUGCUUCACGCACGCUUCAGCUACCAAAUGACCCAAUGUCUACUUUUUCUAUCACACAGUAUCAACAUGAUCACAACGUUAAUGUUGCCAGCGCUCUCGUCGCAUGCCUUUUCGCAGUUAAAGGCUUCGCUAGACUGCCUCCGUCAACGCUGAAGACAUUCUUCUACACUGGCAACAAACUACACGUCAUGUCGUCGCCCCAAGCGUUGACGUUCGGGAUGGACAAAGCAGCAAUGGCUCAUUGUAUCUGGGAUUGCGUCGUCGCCUAUCACGAAGCAGGAUACAAAUUUUACUGUACAGAUGAGCGAUUGAGUGACGGGAGACCGGCACGCGAACUCAUGAGUGGCGAGGCCAGAGCUAAGGCUAUGCUUGCGCUCGUUGAAGAACCGGCUCAGCAGCCGUGGUGUUAUACUCUUGUCAAAGGGAAAGGAUACGUCAAUUUCGAGGACUUGGAUAAAGGUGCAGCGCGGAAUGUUGACGCGGAAUGA